AUGACCGUAUUUAGUCUCGGUGACGACCAGGCUGGAGGUGGCACUGGGCCUCCAGUGCCGUCAGGCAGCGACUCGCGACUUCGGGACGCCGGUACAGCUGUGCCUUUGUGCACUUCCUCGGCGAAGCAGGAGUCGGUGAUGACGAUAGAAGCCAUGAUUGAGCAGCCAAUAACCCUUGAGAGUUGUCUAGCGAUUCUUAGGCAGCUAUCACCUAGCCAUGAGGCGAGGACGAACCGCGAGCCGCCCUCGAACGCGCCCCAGCCCCAGAGGUCGCAAAACGCUCUCAUCUGGCACGUAAAAGAACGUCAUCUUAUGGCCUGUCCCUACCUAUACUGUGGUAGGGCACCGUUUACCACGAAUCGUGGAUUGGUUCGUCACAUGCUAGAGCACGAAACCAUGUCCCCGAGGAGCCUGCCCAAGAUCCUUCCAAAGAUCUCCACCGCUAGGCAAACUAGCCAAGCACAGCACAUCGCUCAACUAGGGUCCGAUAUUCGCAUUGCUCGUAUGCAGUUAUAUUUUCUGGAAGCGGAAUCCUGCGAUUUGCUCAAUGAGGUCCUCGAGGCACGAAUGAAUGAUGUUGAGGAUUUCAAGAGGCAUUGUCGGCUUCGGCUCGCGGAAGAGACGGCCAAGAUAAAGGAGGAUAUUGUUCCUUUCCCGGUUCUUUGGGAAAGCUCCCUGCUGCCGUUUCUGUGCAAGUUUGUCACGGAAUGGUGCGGCCGCGGUCACAGCAUCGGCUUCGUGCGCGGGAGGUCAAAGGACAACAAGGAAACCCUACCCCCUCCUCGCCAAAUUUGCAUCAUGACUAGGGAAGAGUGGCUCUGGCUAGGACCCUGGUGA